AUGGGGGUCAAAAUGGCGGAGUUUCAGGAUUGGAUCUUCACCGGGCUCUACUCCCCUGGUACAUUAAUCAAGGCCCCAUCGGAGCGAGCGCAUCUGAUUAGUGACCUUGCAUCUGCUAUGGAGCAAUGGCACUUGGAAUUUAAACAGAUUAACUCAGACGGAGUCAAUGCUCCCCAGGUCUUCAACAUGUCCAGAGGAAACUGGGACAUUUCAUACUAUUCAACCUUGACACUACUUUACCACGCAGCUUCAUCCACCGGACCAGGACUCCAGAUCAGCUCUCCAUGCUUCAACGCAGCCCGAAAUAGCCUGCUCGCUCAUCUCAACUGCUUUCCCCAAUAUCAAAAGUCGAAUAUCCUUUCCGACGGCGAAUAUUUCCAUUGGAUUCUUCUAUUUUCAUCCUUCACCCCAUUCCUCGUCAACUUCCUCCACGCCAUCUCCGCCAAAGACACCGAGAGCGUCACACUGCUUGCCAAAGUCCUUACCACUUUCGAGAAUUUCCGAAAGGCUUCUCAGGGUUCAGAACAUCUGUAUCAAAUCUGCGCUACUUUUACACAAAUCGCCGAGAGACUAGACCAGUCGCGCUUGUCGAUCGGGACGUAUAACCAGGAGGAUGAUUCACUCAAACUCUCCGAUCAAUCUGAAACUACACCCCUCUUUCAUCCGGACACUUUCCAAGAUAUGUUUGAAAUUGAUGAUAUGACUCGCGUGACAUCGUUGUAUGCAACGGAUAUUCUGAAUGAUUAG